UAGACUUCAGAGAGGAGUAUAGCAAGGUUGGUUUGCUUCAGAGCAUUAUCGAGGCCCCAGUUCUUGCUCUAUCUGCCACUGUAAAUAAAGACGUUAAGGGAGACAUUGACAGGGUACUGGGACUUUCCAGUAAUGCUGUAGUGAUAGCUACUUUGCCUGACAGACCCAACAUUUUGAUUGACAUACGUAAGUCUAAUGAAAAAUUUGAAGAGGAGCUUCAAUGGGUACAAGAAGCAAUAAACAAAUAUGGGAAAGUUUGUAAGAAAAUAAUAAUUUAUGUUAAUUCCAUAUCAGCCUGCGAAGGGAUAUACAUAUGGCUGCAUUCUACUCUCUGUGAGAAUACAUACAGUGAUGAUGUUUCUAUCAAAAACCGACUGAUAGAAAUGUAUCAUGCCAGCACCGAUUCAGAGUCCAAGGCAAGGACUAUGGAAUCCUUUCGCAAGCCAGAAGGAACAGUCAGGGUGUUGAUUGCAACAGUAGCCUGUGGGAUGGGCCUGGACAUCCCAGAUGUUGCAAUGUGUGUGCUGUGGGGGUUGCCACCAUCCAUGAUGCAGAUGUGGCAGGAAAUUGGGCGAUGUGGACGUGAUGGAAGAAACAGCUUUGCAAUCUGUUAUGCUUUUCCUCGAAGCAUCUCCAUGCCCUGCCAGAAGUGCCGGAAAAACAAAAACCACAAAUGUUCUUGUGAGGCAAGACAGCAUUUGAGGGACUUGACAAGCACUAAGGAAUGUUAUAGAGCACACUGCCUGGAAGCCUUCAAAUUAGAAAAACUCAAUACAAACAGUGAUGCAAACAAAAUCAGGAACACAUGUACUUCCUGUGAAAGUAUAUGUAGUUGUUACAAGUGCAAAUGUUGCACAAAUUGCUCAGAGAAAUGUUCAUGCCCCAGUAAAAUAACAAAACAAGAUGUUGUGACAAAAUUUCUUCAGUAUUAAAGUGAUUUCCUUUAAAUAAAAUCUUUGUUGAUAAUUAACUGGAUCUACUGAAUAUGUAUUCCUUUAACAAUAGAAUUAUUAUAGGUUAUAGACUUUGUAUGGGAAAAUAUGACGACCGAGUUUUUGGCGCGUAGACGGACCGAGCUUGCGAGGUCCGUCCGCGACAAAAAACGAGGUCGUCAUAUUUUCCCAUACAAAGUUUAUAACCUUUUUAUUAUAUACUUUCAAUUUCAUUUAGAAACUAAUAAUAAUUCUAUUUUAACAAUUUCUUUAUUGGUUUAACUGAGUAAAAGAUGAAAAACACGAAAAA